CGGACGGCCAUCUUGGAUAAAUUCUUUCCGGUUGACACCGCUACAAAGAUGCCAUCCGUCACGCUAAAGGACGUUGACCAGCACAAAUUUGUGAAGGCGUUCGCCGCCUUCCUCAAAAAGACAGGGAAAAUGCGUGUUCCGGAGUGGGUCGACAUCGUAAAAUCUGCCCGUUUCAAGGAAUUGGCACCCUACGAUCCCGACUGGUACUACAUUCGUUGCGCAGCCCUGGUACGACAUAUCUACAUCCGCAGUCCGAUCGGCGUAGGUGCGGUUACCAAAAUCUUUGGCGGUCGCAAGCGUAACGGAACACACCCCAGCCACUUUUGCCGAUCGGCAGGUGGUGUCGCGCGUAAAGCGCUUCAAAGUUUGGAGCAGCUGAAACUCAUCGAAAAGCUGGAGAACGGUGGCCGCAGGUUAACCAACCAGGGACGCAGAGAUUUGGAUCGCAUAGCUGCGCAGGUUAAAGCUAAGAGUAAGAAACAACUUAAACUCCAAGAACCCGUCAUCGUCCUGUAAGAGUUGUGUUUCAAUAAUAAAAUGUAAAAACCCA